CAGACAGCGUUGCCAUUCACUGAAAUAACCUUUCGAGCAGUGUACCAGUUUGCAUACGACAGUGACACGAUUAUUAGUAGUUGAGCGAUGCUUGUUUGUGUUUUUCUUUUUGACGCUGUGAUUCUUGGCAUUUCUUGCUCAGUCAGGAUUCGAUUCCUCUGCUCGUUCUGGUGGACAAAUUACACGAUUAUUCUUCUUCUUGCUGCUAUUUUUAACCCGGAAUGAUUGAUUAGUUAUCACUAAAUUAUUAGCCACCCAACUUUCUGAUUGUGUACUUCACCCUUCCCUCUCCACCAAACCCUACCCGUCCGAGUGCAAGGAUGCCGCCGCCGGCGCCCGCGGACUCCGGCGUCGACAAGCCGCUGGUGCUCCUGGCGCAGUCGCUGUUCCCGGAGUUCGCCGCCGCGCUGGAGAGCCGGUACCGCUUCGUCUUGGCCGCGGACGCCGACGCGGCCACGGCCGCCGAGGCCAAGGUCCUGCUGGUCCCGGGCCUGAAGACGGUCCCCGCCGAGCUCCUGGACAGGCUCCCCGCGCUGGAGCUCGUGGCUGCCACCUCCGUCGGCGUGGACCACGUCGACCUCGACGCCUGCCGCCGCCGCGGGCUCGCCGUCACCAACGCCGGCGUGGCGUUCUCCGUCGACUCGGCGGACUACGCCGUCGGGCUCGUCGUCGCCGUGCUCCGCAGGGUCGCCGCCGCCGAGGCGUACGUCCGGCGCGGCGGAUGGGUGGCCCAGGGCAAGUACCCUCUCGCCACAAAGGUGAGUGGCAAGCGAGUGGGGAUUGUCGGUCUCGGCCGCAUCGGGACGCUGGUGGCGCGGCGGCUCGCCGCCUUCGGAUGCCCCAUUUCCUACCACUCACGUUCGCCGAAGCCGUCGGCGCCCUACAAGUUCUUCCCCACGGUGCGCGACCUCGCGGCGGACAGCGACGUGCUGGUGCUGUCGUGCGCGCUGACGGAGGAGACGCAGCACCUGGUGAACCGGGAGGUGCUGGAGGCGCUAGGCAGGGACGGCGUGCUUGUCAACGUCGGGCGGGGCGGGCUUGUCGACGAGCCGGAGCUGGUGCGGUGCCUGCGGGAGGGCGUCAUCGGCGGCGCCGGGCUGGACGUGUACGAGAACGAGCCGGACGUGCCGCCGGAGCUGUUCGGGAUGGACAACGUCGUUCUGUCGGACCACAGGGCCGUGCUCACGCCGGAGUCCAUUCGCGGCGUGAUCGACAUCGUCUCCGGGAACCUGGAGGCCUUCUUCGCCGGGAGGCCUCUACUCAGCCCCGUGACACUCUGAUCUCUGAAGCAAAAGAUAACAAUGCGUUGCGAUUGGACGCAUGGUACAAAUAAAAUCGCCUGCACAAUCACGCUAGAAGCGCCUCAUUCUUUAUCAAUCUUUGUUGAUUGGAUGUGUAUUUAUCCAAAAACUUGUAUUGUUUUUGCAAUUUCAUGGCAUUUGGAGAGCAAGAGAGUUGGAAGUAAACUACUUAAUGAAAAAUGAGCCCGAUGUCUAA